AUGUCUCAAUAUCCUCCUCCCAACGAUCAGUACGGCCAGCAGUACGGCCAACAGUACGGCCCACAAUACGGCCCUCCCCAGGGAGGUCCUCCCCAAGGAUACGGCUACCCUCCUCAGCAGCAACAACCUAUGUACCAACAAGCCCCUCCGCCUAACGAUUCUCGCGGCGGCAGCAAGGACCGCGGAUGUUGUUUCAGCUGCCAACCAGAGGAGCCUGAUUCGGGGAGGAACUGGAGCAAAAAGGCCGCUGAAAGCAUGGUUCUGGAGGCCAAGACCGCUGCACAGACGAUUGUCCUAGCCAAGAGUUCUGGAAAAAGAAAUAGAAUUCAAUAG